GUGAGGGUGGGGGCCGGGGGGGUUUCGGACACUCAGUGACUCUGGUCUCCCACAGGAGAGAUGGCUGUCCCCUAUUACACCGGCCGCAUGACUGAUUGGCUGAACAACAGGGAGAAUCCCUCAGCUUUCACAGCCGCCAUCAUCACCAUGGCUCUGAUCUCCAUCGGAAGUGCGGUGACGGAGUUUCUAUGUGACGCUAUAUACAAUGUCACUAUGAGCCGGAUUCACACUCGUAUUCAGAGCAACGUUUUCCGCUCCGUUUUGCACCAGGACAUCGGGUUCUUUGACGCGGUUCAUACGGGAGACAUCACCUCUCGGAUCACCACAGACACUAACACGAUGAGCGAGGCCCUGUCAGACCGGCUCAGUUUGCUGCUCUGGUACCUGAUGCGGACUCUGUGUCUGUUUGGGUUUAUGCUCAGUCUGUCCGGGCGCCUCUCCCUGUUCACAGCCAUCGGCAUCCCCAUCAUCCUGCUCAUCCCUGACCUCGCAGGUGGCUUCUACCAGGCUCUCUCGGCUGAGGUACAGACCUCUCUGGCGGCUGCGAGCCAGGUUGCUAUGGAGACCUUCUCUGCGAUGCGGACGGUGAAGAGUUUGGCCGGAGAGGAGAGCGAGACCCGGCGAUACCGACACCGACUGCAGCUCAGCUUCCAACUCAACCAGAAGGAGGCAGCGGCGUACGCAGGGUUCAUGUGCCUGACCAACCUCUCCGGCCUGGCUCUCAAGGUGGCUGUGCUGUGCUAUGGGGGGCAGCUGGUGGCCUCGGGGGUUGUGACCAGUGGUGACCUCGUCUCCUUCAUCCUCUACGAGAUGCAGUUCACGUCGGCCGUUGAGGUGCUGAUCUCUGUUUACCCGAACGUACGAAAGGCUGUCGGAGCCUCUGAGAAGGUGUUUAAUUACAUGGAUCGGGAACCAGCGCUGCCCCCACCGGGGACUCUGGCUCCGAAAACCUUACGCGGUCACAUUGAGUUCAGGGACGUGACUUUCUGUUACCCACAGAGAGCAGACGCUCCGGUGCUGAAGAAAGUCUCGUUCGAGCUGCGUCCGGGGGAGAUCACGGCGCUGGUGGGAGCCUCGGGCAGCGGCAAGACCUCAUGUGUGUGUCUCCUCAAGAGGUUUUACCAGCCACAGUCCGGCCAGAUCCUGCUGGACGGGAGGCCCAUCGAGGAAUAUGAACAUCGCUAUUAUCACAAGGCGGUGGCUCUGGUCAGUCAGGAGCCCACGCUGUUCGCUCGCUCUGUGCAGAGGAACAUCGCCUAUGGCCUGCGGGAUGCCUCACUGGGAAAGGUCAUCAAUGCGGCCAAGUGCGCAAAUGCUUCCGGCUUCAUCUCCGAGCUCAAGGACGGCUACAAUACCGACGCCGGGGAGAAAGGAGCUCAGCUAUCGGGGGGACAGAAACAGCGAGUGGCCAUCGCCCGAGCCCUUGUCCUUGACCCUCGCGUCCUCAUCCUCGACGAUGCCACCAGCUCCCUGGAUGUGGAGAGUGAGCACAUGGUUCAGGGGGCAGUUUUCCAGCGAUCUGAGGAGCGAGCGCUGCUGGUCAUCGCUCACCGGAUGAGCACCGUGGAGAACGCGGACCAGAUCCUGGUGCUGGAGAACGGGAGCAUCGUGGAGCGAGGUCGGCACCAGGAGCUGCUCCUCCAGGAUGGCAUUUAUCGACGUCUCCGACAGAACCAGCUCCGGGGAUUCGGGAAAAACAGAGACACUGUGGCGGCAGGCACAGGCACAGGUACAGGCACUGGUACAGCUGAGGAGCCGUGACAUCGACAACAACAACAACAAGUUGCACUUAUAAAGUGCCCUCCACACAGGCCAGUGUCUCAGAGCACUUAACCUUCACUCUUCAACCAGCGACUCCAAGGAAUGAUGUGCUGCUGCUCGUCACAGGCUCCUGCUUCACUGUAGACAUUAGAUUGUAAAUAAAUGGGAUUAAUAAAGCGUUUUGUACUAAA